CAGCACUUCCUGAGCUGCCAUGGUCACUGCUGCCGUGGAGCACGUCCUGGUGAGGUUUCUGCAGCCAUAUGUGGAUGGCAUUGACAGCAAUGACUUGCGGCUCUCCCUCUGGAGCGGAAAGCUGGAGCUGAAAGAUGUCAAGGUCAAGGAGGAUGUGCUGGGCCUCCUAGGUGUGGAAGGUGUGCGCGUGCCCAAUGGCCGUGUCCGGCGAAUCUGCAUCACGCUUCCCAGCAAGACCCGGCUUCUGUCGGGGAAGAUCAGCGUGGAAGUGGAGGGCGUCCAGAUUCAGGCGGAGCACAUCAGUGAAAGCCUCGAUGAUGAAGCGCUGAGGAAUGUGCGGCGCACCAAGCAGCAGGCAGUAGAGCUGCGCAUGACCCAGCUACGAGACAUGUACAAGCGGAAGGAGCAGGCGCAGGAAGCCUACGAACAAGCCGAACCAGGCUUUGGUAUGAGGUUCGCCCGUCGACUGAUCAACAACUUAAGCUUGAAGCUGUCCUCGGUGUCGGCAGCCUUCAGCAGCCGCGACCCCGCAGUAGCCGCCAGCGCCGCCAUGGACUCUCUGGAGGUCCAGUCCUGUGACGUCUUCUUCCGGAAACUUCCGAGCAAUGAGGUGGUCGAGUCACAGGGCACGUCGCUGUACAAAAUCCUGAGCUUCGACGGUCUCAGCCUGUCUUAUGGGCUCACUAUGCAGGCCCUCUCAAAAGUAGUGAGCCCGGUGCGUGCUGAGCUGAAGGUGGGCCAUGUGCCAGACAACGGCCUGCUGCGGCUGGAGGUGGAUCUCGCCAUCGACAAGGUCACUGAGAUCCAACUGAAGCGCUCACAGCUCGUAGGAGUGAAGGCGCUGAACGCAUCGCUGAAAGACAAGUGGGAUCGCUUGCGCGGCAUGCUGGUAGAACCACAGGUCGAGGCCCAGCUAAUGGCAGCUGUGGACAAGUCUCAGGAGAGAUACUUCAACCUCUUUAGGCAGCAAUGCCUCUCCAAUAUCGACAAGAAUGAGGCCAAAGUGGUGCAGGCGCUGGACCAGACAGGCUUGAAUUACCGUCCCCUCUCUUCAGCAGAGGAGAAGGAGCUUGAGACGCUGGAAAUCGUCCUGCCCUUCCAACUGCUAGCAACAGAGAGGUGCCGGGCCGAGGACUUCAUCACUGAGCUAGUGAAGAAGGCUACCCCCCAGGCCAAGGCAGGCUGGUUCAGCCGCACCUUCUUCGGGAAACAGGAGGAGGAGAGCUCCCUGGACAAACUCAGCGCGGAGGAGCUGCUCAAGGAGCUCCACUCCGCCGCGGAUGUGGAGGUGGUCGAGCCACCCCAGAAGAUGAACAUCAUGCUUCAGGGCGGUCAGGCCCUCCUGGAUGUGGAGGACGACACUCGUGGUGGCAGCUCGCUCCAGCUGCUGAAGUUGGACCUGAAUACCACUUCCCUUGCUGUGAAUGUGGCCUCCGCCACGGACCACCGGGGGCAGAGCUCCGCGGACUUCGGGCUGUUCCUAAACCUGGGCUCGGUGACCGUCUCCCAUCAGCAGAAGCCUUUCCUAAAGCCAAAGGUGGGUGUGGACAACGUGCAGGCGCUGGACCUGCGGCUGGAGAACAAGUUGGAGUCCACGCAGAACCUCAUGGUGCUGAGUUUGACCUUCGCCCCCAUGGAGAUCUUCAUGAUUCCAGGGCUGGUAGCCUCGAUUCUGGGCUUCUUGCCGGGCGUAGCAGAGGUGGAGAAAGCCGCGAACAUCAAAGAUCACAAAAAGCAGCAGCUGGAGCUGAUCCUGGAGGACUCCGAAGCUGACACGGGGCCGACCCGUGCUGAGCGGCUGAGGAGCGUGCUGGACGCCAACGCGGAGCGCGCCAAGGAGCUGGCGCUGGAGGUCUACAACCGGAUCCCCGACAAGAUCAGCAUCGACAUUCGGCUCUUUGCGCCUACGGUGCACGUCCCUGUGGCUUCGGUUGGGAAGGCAGUCAUAACGCUUGGGCAGCUCGUGGUUGCCACGCCGGAGCCGUGCUUGUUUGACAGAUUGAGCUUCAACAUCGACUUGAACCACACGCAAGUGUGCACGGUUUCGAAGCAGGGUGAAUCCUUCGACGUGGUGGAACCUCUUCCGAUCAAUAUCACCUUCAAGUACAUAGAGGAGAAGACUAACUUGCUCGUGGCCGUAGCAGUGAAGGUGGGCCACCUGAGUCUGUCAGCGUCCCCGGAGGCGGUGAACUUGCUGAUGGGCCUGCCGCAGGCGAUGGUGUCCAUGGUGACGAUGCCCGAGGGAAGUGAGGCAAAGCCAUCGCCUCCGCAGCCGGUUCACGAGAAGGUGCCUCUGUUGUUGGAAAAGAUCGAUGCCGCAGGUCGGAAGAGCAUCGCGGCCGAUGUCCUGGGUGAAGACUUCGCAGCUUUGCAGAGGGCCAAGGAGCUCCAGAAGAAGUCCAUGCGCACCACUGUGGCGGUGGAGUUCGAGGACGCCACCUUCGCGCUGUCGGACUCCAUCAUGCCGCUGCUGCGCCUGAGGUUGGAGUCCAUGCCCCCGGGCCUGCAGCUGUCGGUGGAGUCGGGCAACGUGAGCCUGACCCUGCAAGAGGCCAGCCUGGGCAUCGAGGUGCUGAAUCCCAGGCACGGUGACUGGGAGCCCUUCCUGGAGCGCUUCGACUUCGGCGCCUCCCUGUCUGUGGCGGAGUCCGUCCGGCUCUCGGUGCACGCGCUGGGCCCGUUGCUGGUGAACUUGGUGCCCACGCCCACGCGCCAAAUCCUGGAGCUGCUGCCGCUGCUGCUGAAGAGCCUCAGGCCGCCGGCCUUGGACGGCUCCGAUCAGCCGCUCGAGGAUGCGAUCACCUCGGGCCCCAAGAUUCGGGUGGUGAGCUUGUGGGGUGGCCACCUGGAGGUGAUCUGCACCUGCCGAGAUGGGAAGCCGUCCACGGUGAAAGUGGCGCCCACGGGCUCCCAGUGGCUGGCUCUGGACGAGCACACCUCGGUGCUGGCGCUGAAGCACUUUCGCGUUCGUGUGCCUGGCUCUGACACUAUGUCGGAUCCUCUGUGGUUCGAGCAGAAUGCUGCAGUGGCGGUUCCAGAUUGCGCAGGCGAGGUGGUGGCACAGCUGCUGACGCCUCAGCCGGACCAUCGGCUGCUGCUGCUGGCGCCCGCGCUGCGGAUCCACAACGCCACGGACGUCCCACUGGCCAUUCGCUUUCACGAGGACAGCCGGGCCACAGUGGUGCCGCAGCUGGAGGCGGCCACCUGCGAUGCGGCCCUGCUGGGUGUGAGCCCUGAGCUGGCAGUGACAUCGCAUGGCGAGAAGUUGAGCAGCCCCGACAGUGAGUUCGUGUGCCUCCCGCCAAAUAGCAUUUGUGCAGUGCCGCCUGCUGCCACCAAAGCCGAGCUUGGUGCGACGAUUCUCAGCCUGCGGCCCCUCACUCACAGCGACUUCAGCCCUCCCAGCCUUGUCGGCCGCAAGCCGGUGGAGGGCGUUCCCUGCAAAGGAGGCAAGUCGGAGAGCGCGAUGCACUUCAUGGUGGUCCCGGAGACCGACGCAGGCGUAGCUGGAAGCUCCGGGAAGGUGAAGCACCUGUGCAUCCGGCCCACGGUGUCCUUGAUGAAUGCGCUGCCAAUCGGCAGACUAGGCCUGGACUUGGGGCCGGCCUCGCUGGAGCUGCCGGCGCUGCAGCGGAAGAACUUCUACGGGCUCUCCGUGGAGCAGCUCCGCGGUGGCUUGCAGUUGGGCUGUCGGUUGACCCCAGAGGCACCAUGGAGUGCGAAGGUGGCUUUGGAGGGCAGCGACGUGGUUGAGCGCGACAGCAGUGUGCAAGGAGAUGAGGCCAAGGUCCUGGAGGUGCGGGAGAAGUCGGCCGGCGCCCCGGCGGCGGUGGAGUUGGAGUGCCUGGGCUACGGCCGGAUUCGUUUCAGCUGCCCAUAUUGGCUGUUGGACCGCAGCGGCCUGAAGGAGCAGGGCCUGGGGAAGCUCGAGGUGCACGUGGGUGGCGCCAAGCUCCCAAGCCAGGAUGGUGUGACACUGCUUCAUGCCGACUGCUUCGAGAACUCCUGCGAGCUCGUGCUGCGUUCUGAGCGUGGCAGCUUGCCCAAGCACUCCAUGAAGCUGCCACCGAACUUCGAGACCUUUAUUUGGCGCACGCCGUCUGGAUGCUUGGCGUUGAACCUCAACAUCGGCAGAGUCAAGAGCACCAGCGUGCACGGCGCGACGUCCAUGGAGUUCACGUUGAUGCCGCGGCUGGUGUUGACCAAUACCUCGGAUGAGGAGUUGGAGCUAGAGACGCCUGAAAGGAGGAAUCUGAAGCUCCUGGCGCGGGAGUCCCGGGUGUUGCACUGGGACGUGCCGGCCAAGACGGAGGGCAUCGACAUCCUCGCGACAACUUUCCGCUUCCGCCCGGGCGGCGGGGACUUCUCGGGGGCGGUGCUGUGCAGCGACGGGUCCGCGGGCUCCACGCCCUUCGUGCUGCGGCGGAACGGCGCCGUGGAGGUGUGGAGUGUGGAUGUGGCGCCCUUGUACGGCAAGAUGGGCGUCUCCAUUCGGGCUGGCUCGGACUUCGUGGCUCGCAACAAGGCUGAGGGUGAGGUCAGGAUGCAGCUCCAGGCAGUGGCAGAUGAUGGCAAGGAGGAGGAUGUGAUUCAGGUCAAGCCAGGCGGCGAGCCGGUGCCCAUUGGGUGGUGCAGGCCCUUUGCUGGCAAGCGGUGCCGAGCAGUGAAGGUCACGGUGGGCGCGGAGAGCAUCAAUAUCCCGGAUCUGCAGCGCUCGGCGGUGUGGCCACUUCAGCCAGUGAAGAUGCCAGGCGGGAAGGCACGAAAGGGCCUGGUGCUGCGGGUGGCGCGGAGCGGCACCACCACGGAGCUGGCGCUGGAGGAAACCGCGGAACGGGACCCGGCCACAGGGUCGCAGGCGUUCCAGGCGUCCUUGGAGCUCAACGUCAAGCUCGGCCGCGCUGGCAUCUCCUUGAUCGACGAGGGCCCCCCGAAGCCCAGGGAGCUCUUCUUCUUCUCCUUGGACAUGCUGCGCUUGGAGUAUUUGCAGGAUGCAGCGAGGGAUGCUGAGAAGAUAACCAUGUCCAUCUCCGAGGUGCAGGCCAUUUGCCAACUCCCUGGGCGGAGCGACGGCAAGGACAAGGUGAACAUGCUCGACCUAAACCGCCUGCAGCACUUGCCCAACGCCUUGCUCCAGAACCAGGAGCUGCCAGCGGUGGUGCUGGCCAACCAUUCCGCAGGAGGCAAGUCCUUCCUGCAGUUUCACAUGAUCCGGCAAGCCACUUCCUCAAGGGACCUCUGCGUCUCCUCCUCUCAGCUGGAUGUGGACAAGUUGGACUUCACGCUGGACGAGAUGUGGCUCACACCCCUGAAGCAAUGGCUUUCAGAUCUCGGAGGAGGAGGCUUGGAUGUCUUCGGCAGCACUGCCGAAGAUUUGCUGAGCACAGCCGGCAAGCCAAUCACGGAUGGCUAUGUUGCUCCUGACGUACCAGCUGUGGUGCAAGCAGAGCAGGUGAAGAUCGGCGGCUUGGACACCACAGUGUGGUGCUCAUUGCGGCUGAAGUACCUUGACUUCCUUCCCGUCUAUGUCCGAGCAGCCCUGAAAGUCUUGUCCUUCAGCAGCUUCUUCACCCUGGACGGGGUGAGCCUGGUGCUGCCAGCCAGGCAGCUGGAGCCGCACCGCGGCUCGCUGCAGGACUACGCCACGACCAUUGGCAGCCAGUACGCCUACUCCGUGUUGGACCAUAUUGCCUCCCUGCUGGGCAAAAGCUCCCUGCUGAAUCUCCCCAAGGCACCGCUGAAGCUGGGUGGCGCUGCGGUGGCCCUGGUGGGGGACAACUUGAAGGGGGUCACCGACGGCGCCGUGUCCAUGCUGAGGAACCUCACGUUGGACGACGAGUACAUUGCGAGGAAAAACCGUGCCCCCAAGGGCCCCAUCCAGGGCGCCGGCCAGGGCUUCUCCGCUGCGGGCAAGUCGCUGUGGGAAGGAGUCGAGGGCAUGUUGGACGUGGUGAACAAGCCCAUGGAAGGAGCCAAGAAGGAUGGCUUGUGGGGCUUCGCAACAGGCCUCACCAAGGGCGCAAUGGGCACCAUCGUGAAGCCGGUGGCGGCCAUCGGUACUGCCAUCGGUGAGGUGGGCUCAGGUCUUGCCUCGACCACCAACCAGCUCAACGAAAAUGAGGCUAUUCAGCGGCGCCGCGCCACACGGAGGCUGCGCCUGCCGCGGCUGCUCUUCGGCGAGCUGGGUGAAGUGCGGCCCUACAUGAACAUUGAUGCGCUGCUGCUGCAGAGGUACGGGGAGAGCCUGAGCGGGGUGUGCGAGGUUGUGUCGCUGGAGCCAGGUGGAGAUGGUAAGGCCAAAUCAGUGCUACUCCUCUUCUCUGACAAGUUGGCGGUGGCUUCGGCUUCUGCUGAGGCACCGGAAGCGCCCUCGCGACUGGAGCGAGGCUUCCCGCCGCUGAAGAGCAACAAGCAGGGCGCCCCGCUGCGGGGCCUUCACUUUUCCGAGCUGCGCGAGGUGUCCCAAGAAGGUACGGCGCUGAACUUGCACACCAUCCAGGGCCAGAAGUAUCCCCUGGAGCUAAAGCAGGCGUGGCUGCCGGAGGGGGCGGUGCAGGCGCUGGUGGAGGGCCUCUCCGCCGGGGCCAGGCACAAGCGCCUGGAGGCUCAUCGCACCUGGGCGGAUCUGCGCUCGAUUCUGCGCGGCGAAGCGCAUGCUGCCCGCAAGCGCGACAUGCGCAUGGUGGCGGAAACGGGUCUGAAGAUGCACCCUUCAGAGGACAUGCUGAAGGACCGUGGGGCCGCGAGGAGCAGGUUGUUGGAGGUCUUCGAGGUGGAGCGGCACCAGUUUGGCUGGGGAACCUGUGGCUGGCCGACAGACGGCGACCUGCAGUGGCGCUGGGUGGGCAGUGACGGGAAGAAACAUCCUCAGGUUGACGAGAAGCUCGGCAAAGAUAAAGUCACCAAGUGCAAGGAGCCACCGUGCCAGCUGGGAGGCCUCUACAAGGCAGUGGGGCCGUGGUCCAUCGAUGUGACAGAGCACACCGACGCUGAGGGUUGGGUCUACGGCAUGGCAUGGUCACAGCCGGAGUGGAACAAGAAGCCCCUCAUGAUGGACGUCCUCAGGCGGCGCCGCUGGACACGCCCGUACUCCUGAGCCCAGCGCAAGAGGCAGAUGCGCCGUCAUAACAAUUGGAGGUUAUCAGAAGAGUAGGUCGCCCCUUUUGCGACCUUUGGGGGCUUUGUUUCGCUUUGUUUCAUGUCGAC